CCCGCCCGCCCAGCUACACUAGAAAGUUUAUGAGCGUUUACACGACUGACUGCUCCCUUUGCACUCGUGGAUUAUACCCGCAAUUUAAAAGGGACAAUCUCCAUUGAUAUCUGACCUUUAACCUAUCAAGGCUGGAUUUGUGUGCUCACCCCUCUGGAGCGGAACCACUGCCACCACAGUCACUGCCGUGCUGCCAUUGGACGAGGACGCUGCUCUCGCUGCCCGAGCACCUAGACACCGGCAAGUUCUUCAUUGAGGCUCCCACAGAUAUCUGACUUAGAGAUGGACAGCAGCAACAUGUCACUUUUGCCUCUGCUUCUACUUUGCCUUGCCAUCGCCACUUCAGCAUCCCAGCAGACGUGUGAGCCAGUGAAUGUUCCUGACAACCAGAAUGCCUGGAUCAGGGUGAGGGAGAUGCCAACAGGCUGCUGGACCAGCUACACCACUAAUGACAGUAAAGAGGUGCACAUCCUCAGCCUGCACUUCCUUCCUGGGGCUUCCACCAUGUUUUAUCUAAACAUGACCACUGCCAAGCCAAUGCACCUCAUCAUCACCACAGACUCAGAGCAGGUCAUAUACUUUCUGACCAAUGCUAACGUGGAUGUCAGCUUAUACCUGGCCAACAUCUCCAAUAUAAUGUUUUAUGGUUCAAAAGGCAACAUCCAUAGAAAAGCGCUGCCCACAGACAACGAAGAUCUAGUGAGGUGGGCCACCGAGGAGUUUGGUGGGGUGACGUCUUUCACCACCGUCCAGAACCCAACGAGCAUCGCUUCCACAGGGAGAGAGGGAACAAGACUCCUUCCAACUGGCUCCAACAACUGUACACUUGAAAAUGAAUGGCACUCCCUCAAGCACUAUCUGACAUUCAAAUCAAACAUACCUUCAUCGAUCAAGUCCUGCUCGAACCAGCCUCUCAACAGUCACACUGAGAAAGAACUAUAUAUCGUUAACAUCCCUGAGGAUGUCAGCAUUCGCUAUGUCUCUGUGCACGUCAUCAGUGAGAGGCAGAUCAGUCUGUUCCUAAGAGGUCCCCAGGGUACCACGUGGAGCAUCCAUGACCCACAGCACACCAGCUUCUUUUCUAACAACGUGAUCAUGCUUGCUGCCACCAACAUGAUGCAUACGAUCCCUCCCACGGUCGCCAUCACCACAGACAGUGCCGAUGCUGUACAGAAGAAGGCCUUGGACCAUUUCAAAGCAAGCACCAUCACAAGCUACUCUGAGAUCCGAACCGAGGGCACCAUGGUCACACUGGUCCUGGGAAAUAAGGACCACACACCAGUCACAGAGACUGCACCCACCGAGACCACCCCAUCACCCGCUAGCCCCCCUCAGAUGCCUCUGAUCAUGCAGCUGUACACCUCUCCAGACUACCGCUCCCCCCUGGACCUCAACGCCAAGGUGCAGAGCGACAAGAGGAUCUACGCAGAGAUCUCAGGGAGGAUGCUGGGGGAGAUUGUGCUGACCAUCGAGGUGAUCAACUGCUCGGUGCGCUCCAAGGGCUCAUGCCCGGUGGUCAGAGACAUGCCCUUCAGGUCAGAGAUGUGCUCCUCCACCAUGUGCCCCAACAGUACCAGGGUUAGCUUCUCCCUGGAGCUGCUCCAUGACCUGGCGUCCACUAGCUGGGACCUGGAGUGCUCCGUCAAACUCUGCUUCAGUGAGAAAUGUGGAGAUGGAGGAAGAGUGAAGAGGAAUUUGGAGGUCACCCAGACAUACAUCCCACCACCAACUGUGUGUAUUGACUUUGGUCUGUCAGCCGUGCUGGGCAUUGCUUUCGGAGGCUUCCUGAUCGGAGUUCUGCUUAUUGGAGCUCUGUGGUUCAUCAAGAUCCGCACAGGAUACCCCACCGGACUGGAUGUCGGGUCGACUGCAGUAAACCUCUCAGGAUGUCCUUGCUCUCUGACCAGCAAACGGCAACCCGUUUCUACGAACCCCUCCCCCUCUGAGAACAGUAGUGCUAAUGCCAGCAUUGGCAGCACUCAGAGCACGCCAACCAGCAGCAUGGCAUGAGAUCAUCAGCACCACCGUCUCCCCUUUCCGACACCCCGAUGGGCCUUGUGCUAUUUGGUCGCUCUUUCACCAUGCUUAAGAAAGCAUUACCCCCCCUCUCUUUAGUCACACCACAAACACGCACCCGCUCUCACCCAUAACCCCACCUGAAAGUGGUGAGGUCGGGGGCGGGAAGGGGUGGGAGGAGCAGGAAUGGGAGGGUGGGGGGCGGCUCUAGUCUAGUCCAGGCACCUAACAUUCACCUCUCUAGCCUCCCAGCAAAAGUUCCAGACGGAAAGUCAGCGAGGGUGAAAAAAAAGACCCCGGCUCCCAGCAACAGGAAAAACAAAGCAUAUCCCCUAAGAACUAACAGGAAAUUCAUUGCAUUCUUCUCAAUAAAUUGUCCCUCUCUGAUGGCGGCACAAUAAGAGUCAGUCAGUGAAAAAAAGAGACAAAAGAUUGACUUUUAAAAACAUUAUUAGAGAAACUGUUUUUGUCUCUCGACAUCCACAGUUGUUAUGAUUGGAAAUGUCAGGGCCCCUUAUUGUAGGCAAUUUAGAGAUAGAUUCUGGACGACACCUGUUCUAUCACAUUGACUGUAGUUUUAAUUAAAAUUGUAUUACUGUAUAUGGGUGGCUGGAAGACACCUUGUCAGAUUUGAAGACUUUAGACAGAUCAACAAAGCUAAAAUAUCCAAUGUUCUCCUCCAAUACCAAAGGGUGUCUGUCUUUAUAUGAGUCCGGAAAGAUUAGGAAAAGGCUACCUCUUAAUUUAUGUAGAUGUCGGAUUGUUAAGCACAAGCAUGAGGAUGGGUUAUUCUGGUGAGCUAGUCAGAUACCUUAUUUUUUUGUUUCUCUCUUUCAUUCCGUUUCACUUGAGUUACAAUGCAUUCGGGAAGUUUUCAGACCCCUUCCCUUUUUUCCACAUUUCGUUACAUUACAGCCUUAUUCUAAAAUUGAUAAAAAUAUUUUAAAAACUCCUCAAUCUACAAACAAUACCACAUAAUGACAAAGUGAAAACAGGUUUUUGCUCAUUUAAAACAAAAUGGUUUACUUAUUUACAUAAGUAUUCAGACCCUUUGCUAUGCGAUUCUAAAUUCAGCUCAGGUGCAUCCUUUUUCCAUUUAUCACCCUUUUCUACAACUUGAUUGGAGUCCACCUGUGGUAAAUUAAAUUGAUUGGACAUGAUUUGGAAAGGCACACACCUGUCUAUAUAAGGUCCCACAAUUGACUGUGCAUGUCAGAGAAAAGCCAACAGGUCAAAGGAAUUCUUCUUGGCGCUCCGAGACAGGGUUGUGUCAAGGCACAGGUCUGGGGAAGGGUACCAAAACAUUUCUGCAGCAUUGAAGGUCCCCACGAACACAGUGGCCUCCAUCAUUCUUCAAUGGAAGAAGUUUGGAACCGCCAAGACUCUUCCUAAAGCUGGUCUCCCAGCCAAACUGAACAAUCGGGGGAGAAGGGCCUUGGUCAGGGAGGUGACCAAGAACCCGAUGGUCACUCUGACAGAGCAUCUGAGUUCCUCUGUGGAGAUGGGAGAACCAGAGGGACAACCAUCUCUGCAGCACUCCACCAAUCAGGCCUUUAUGGUAGAGUGGCCAGACUGAAGCCACUCCUCAGUAAAAUGCACAUGACAGCCUGCUUGGAGUUUGUCAAAAGGCACCUAAAGGACGCUGACCAUGAGAAACAAGAUAAUCUGGUCUGAUGAAACCAAGAUUAAACUCUUUGGCCUGAAUGCCAAGCGUCACGUCUGGAGGAAAUCUGGCACCAUCCCUACGGUGAACAAUGGUGGUGGCAGCAUCAUGCAGUGGGGAUGUUUUUCAGCGGCAGGGACUGGAAGACUAGUCAGGAUCAAGAGAAAGAUGAACGGAGCAAAGUACAGAGAGAUCCUUGAUGAAAACCUGCUCCAGAGCGCUCAGGACCUCAGACUGGGGCAAAGGUUCACCUUCCAACAGGACAAUGACCGUAAGCACACAGUCAAGACAACCCAGGAGUGGCUUUGAGACAAGUCUCAGAAUGUCCUUGAGUGGUCCAGCCAGAGCCCGGACUUGAACCCGACCAAACAUCUCUGGAGAGACCUGAAAAUAUCUGUGCAGCUACGCUCCCCAUCCAACCUGACAGAGCUUGAGAGGAUCUGCAGAGAAGAAUGGGAGAUCAUACCCAAAUACAGGUGUGCCAAGCUUGUAGCAUUAUACCCAAGAAGACUCAAAGAUGUAAUUGCUGCCAAAGGUACUUCAACAAAGUACUGAGUAAAGGGUCUGAAUACUUAUGGAAAUGGUAAUAUUUCAUUUUUUAAUUUGUAAUAUAUUUGCAAAAAAACAGUUUUUGCUUUGUCAUUAUGGGGUUUUGUGUGUAGAUUGAUGAGGGGGAAAAAUGAUUUAAUAGAUUUUAGAACAAGGUGGUAACGUAACAAAAUGUAGAAAAAGGGAAGGUGUCGGAAUACUUUCCAAAUGCACUGUACAUCAUAUUGUUUUGCUCCAAGCCAUCUGUUACAUACAAGCAGAAUUUAUAACUAAAUGUCCAUGCAUGUCAAUGUUACUUAGGAGCCUUUGCGUAUGAAUAGUUUUUAUAGUCCAUUUAAAAAAUAUAUAAUAUUUAUCUGAAAUUGUAUUAUGUCUAGCUAGAUAGAGACACAUUUUACUUUCCUCAAUGCAAACUAAAGUCAACCCCAAACCAAGUUUUUACCAAAAACAUUGUGAGAUUUGUAAAGACCAACAAAAAAAAUAUGAAAAAUGAAGAUUUAACAUCUAAAUGAUUGAACUCAGGAAAAACUAUAUUUGGCAUUAUCGUAAUUUUGGGACAAAUGAUUGAUGUUCAGUGCCAAGAAAAAUGGAAAUCAGAUGUGAUAGAUGGUUGAACCGUAAAUGUAAACCCAUUCUGUGUGUAAUUGUACAAAUGUAAAUGUAUUAUUAUUGUAUUGCCUCUUUUGACCUCUUUGAAAAUGCUCUCACAAUAUAAAAGAAAAGCUUUGUGGUUAUGACCUGCUGGGUAUAAAGACAUUCCCUUCAAACAUUCCAUUCAGCCAUGUCUCUGAAAGAAACAGCAAUACUGUACCAAAAGUAUACAGUUUGUAUAUGAAUUUUUAUGUUUUUAUUGUUAUGAUUGUACUAGUUAUUGUUCAUUACACAAACUUAUAUUUGUUGAGUAAUUCAUUAUUAAUUAGUCAUUCAUUUGUUUUGAUACUGUCACCAAAAGCAGCCAUCUUAAAACCAAGUGAGCUUCCUCAACCAAACACACUGUU